AUGGAAACAGAAAGAUUGAACUUGAAAUCUUUUCGACACAUCGCGACAUCUCCUCGAUUUACACCUCUGCAAUCUCCAAGACUUAGAAAACUUGUUGUUCUCAGUCCUGAUCGCGAAAAUCCAGACUUGAAUUCUGGAUUUAACAGCCCCAGAAUCGUGCGGGCAUCUCAUGUAUUCAAGCCUUCAAAUGCAUCUUCUUUAGCAACUCCAAGAAGACAAGAACACCAACAUAAUGAAGUUUUUAUUGGGAAAGACCGCAGGCUUAUUAGCAGAAACCUAUUGCUAGACAAGUACAAAUAUGCAGAAAUGCAAAACUAA